GGCACACAGAGAGGAGAGGAUGGGGUCGAAGAAGGCGGGUGAUCCGCCGUCCCAGCAGCAGGGCGGUCAGGCGGUGAUGAAGCCGAUAAGGGACUUCUGCGACCAGAUAGACCUCAAGAUGAGCAAGAACCAGCAGCUGGCCUCCCUCUGCAACCAAAUAGGCGUCAGGCCACACGUCAUCGUACUCACCGCAUGCGGCGCACUGCUCGCAUUCCUCCUAUUCGGCAUCGGCGGCAACAUCAUCUGGUCGGUCUGACACAGAGGCACGUGUUGCAUAUUCCUGCAGGGCGUGGUCUCCUGUGUGUGUGUGUUGUUGUUGUUGGUUGCAAAAUCCAGCAACGCGGUUGGGUUUGUGUAUCCGGCGUGGCAGUCAUUCAAGGCCAUCGAGAGCGACAAAAAGGAUGACGACAAACUAUGGUAUGUCUGAUGCGUCGGCGGGCGGGCGGGGGGGCGGGUGCAGAGAGGGGGGAUGGGCGGACGGAUUGGUCUGGAUCAUUCCGCUGGGCUGUCCUUGUGCGUCUUGUUGUGAUGCCAUGAUGCCAUGUGUGUUCCCGCAGGUUGACGUAUUGGGUGGUGUAUGGGUUCUUCAGCGUGAUAGAGGUGUUUGCCGACUACAUACUGUUUUGGGUGCCCUUCUACUGGAUGAUGAAACUCGGGUUCCUCGUCUGGCUCUUCCUCCCACAGACCCAAGUGAUGAGCUGACUGACCAAGGAAGGGGCGGGUUGAGGGACGUGUGGGUAUGCUUGUGUGUGCCUGGGUGUGGUGUGCGUUUGUGCCUGCCUGCCUGCAUUCCGUCAGGGGUCGAUUCACAUGUACAACAACCUGGUCAAGCCCAUCCUCACACAGAACCAGGGCAAAAUCGAACAGUGGGUGGAACUCACCAAACACACACGCCGACGCACACUGACCGGUCCAUCCAUCCAUCCAUCCAUGUGUGUUGUGUGUGUAUCAGGACGAUGAGCAAGGUGACCGGGUCGGCGGGACAGUUCCUCAACGAGGCGCAGAAUAUGGCCGGACACCUCAGCUCACUCGCAGCUGGGGCAACCAAGUCAGACUAGGCAUACCUACCAUCCACACACACAUGCCUAUGCGUGACACACAACACACACUCGGACAGCGACAUCUGUAGCCGACUGCUGACCGACCGACAGCAGACCGACCGACCGAAUGUUUGUGCGCGUCGCGUGUUGUUUGUUGUAACUAACGGUGGUGUGGUGUGGUGAGUGCGUGGUGCACCGGUGUGUGGGCUGGCAGUUUUGCUCGCCUCUUUUGUAGGUCUAUCUGCGUCUGUCUUUGUGAAUGAACGAGUGAGUGGCUGGCUGGCUGGGUGGUCCAUGGUGUGGGUGAGAGGAGGAGGGCCGAUACGUGACCUUUCCCCGGACGGAUACCCAUUGCGGAUUGUGGUGUAUGAAUGUGUGUGUGUGUGUGACAUGCUCGAAUGCACUCGUGUUUGUGUGUGUGUCGUCUGACUUUUGUGUGUGUGGCUGGCUGACUUGAUGCCUCGUUAUGGCUGGCUUGGCUGCAUGGCGCGUCAACGAAACUUGGUGUACUGCUG